AUGGAGGUCACAUCGUCACAUAUCCCCAUUGCAGGAUGGACCAUUUUGUUACUGAUAUUGUUUUCCAUCAUAGCGCAAACUGUUCAUCUCCGAUGGAUGCACCGUCUGAGCAGAUACCCAGGGCCAUGGCUCAACAGUGUGUCAAACAUCCCAAGCGCAGUUGCAGCUUUCCGAGGCGUCCAACACUUGUACAAUUACAAACUACACGAGAGAUACGGACCAGUUGUGCGCAUCUCUCCCAAUGAACUCAGCUUUGCGGAACCAUACGCUUGGGAACAUAUUUACGGCAAUCGCCACGGCGACGUGAUGGAAAAAGCGCCACUUUUCAUUGGUGUUGUAAAGCCAAUCAACGGAUGUGUCGGAAUCGGCCUUGCAAAAGGUUCAGAGCAUACCCGGCAGCGUCGUGCAAUGGCAGUCGGGUUUACAAAAUCUGCCCUCAUGGCGCAGCAGGAGAUACUGGAGGUUCAGACGUACAAACUGAUUCACGCAAUCAAGACACGAGCAAAGGGUGGGAAAGCUCUAAAUAUGAGCGACUGGUUAUCGUUUACGACAUUCGACAUCAUCGGCGAUCUAUGUUUUGGUGAAUCGUUUCACUGUCUUGAUGGAGGCGUCGCGACUGAGUGGGCGCUAGCAACAACCAACGUCCUCAUUUCCUCAACCUUGGACAUGGCCGUUCGGAGAGUGACGGGCGUGGGCACUUGGCUCAAUCGUAUGGCAGUCAAGCUCAUGCCAGCUGAAGCAAUGAAAUGGCGACAAAUCUCCUUCAAAAACACCAGCAAGAAGACCUUUGAACGUCUCGCCGACGAAACAUCGUCUCACAAAGAUGUCAUAUACCACAUCCAACGCAACAAAGAUGCCCGCAAGACGCUUGAGCCCACCGAACUCCUCCUCAACAUGACGCUCCUCGUGACCGCCGGUUCAGAAACCAUUUCCACCCUCCUCGUCACUUUCAUAUACAACCUCUGCACCCAUCGCAACGUCUACCACCGUCUCGCUACUACGAUCCGCACCACUUUCGCCGACCCAAGUGAAAUUACCCUACAAAAGCUGGAAGAUCUGGUUUACCUCGAUGCCUGCAUCAAAGAGGCACUGCGCAUCUUCCCGCCAGUCAGUUCCAACCUGCCACGUGCAGUGCCCGCAAAGGGCGCACAGAUCGGACCGCAUACAUUACCCGGAGGAUCGCUGGUAUCCGUAGCUCCAUGGGCGGCGGUGCGGUCUGCGCGCAAUUUCCACCUAUCCAAUGAGUACCACCCUGAGCGAUGGUUGCGCAACCAUACCGAACAAGGCUGGGACCCGGCUUUUGAAAAUGACCACUUGUCCGCGUCAACGCCGUUUGGAGCUGGCCCAAAACAGUGCAUGGGUCAGAGCUUAUCGUACUAUGAGAUUCGGCUGAUCGUGGCGCAUUUGCUGUGGGUCUUUGAUUUUGAACUCGAGACUGAGGGCGCUGAGGGCGCGCAGAAUAGAAGGUGGAGUUUAGAUCCUGAUACGGAGCUGCUGAGGUCGUAUCAGACGUUGAAUAGGCCAGGUUUGUAUGUGAGGUUCAAGGAACGGGAGUUGAUCUAA